GGCCGCCACAGCUUUCAUUUCAUCAGCAUAAAGGGUGGGGGGUGCCAAGGCCCACCCCCACCAACGGGCGGAGGAAGAGAGGAAGGGGGGCAAGGACAAGGAGCAGACCAAGGAAGAAGAUGAGCAACACUGCACUCCUCACCCCCUACAAGAUGGGAAGGUUUGAUCUUUCCCACAGGGUGGUUCUCGCACCACUGACAAGGGAGCGAUCCUUCGGAAAUGUUCCUCAGCCUCAUGCCGUACUGUAUUAUCAACAGAGAACAACCGAAGGAGGCCUUUUGAUUGCUGAGGCCACUGGAGUUUCCGACACUGCUCAAGGGUACAAAGAUACUCCUGGCAUUUGGACAAAGGAGCAAGUAGAAGCAUGGAAACCGAUCGUCAAUGGGGUUCAUGCAAAAGGAGGAAUAUUUUUCUGUCAGAUUUGGCAUGUAGGAAGAGUCUCUAAUCACACUUUUCAGCCUAAUGGGCAGGCUCCAAUUUCGAGCACUGAUAAGCCACUCAAACCUGUAGUUAGAGCCAACGGCAUAGAUGUGGCUACAAUCUCAACUCCUAGGCGGCUACAGACUAAUGAGAUUCCUUUGGUAAUCAAUGAUUUUAGGGUUGCUGCUAGAAAUGCGAUUGAAGCCGGAUUUGACGGUGUUGAAAUCCAUGGAGCUCAUGGUUAUUUGAUUGAUCAGUUCUUAAAGGACCAAGUAAAUGAUCGCACUGACAAAUAUGGUGGGAGCUUAGAGAAUCGUUGCCGUUUUGCACUAGAAGUAGUUCAAGCCGUAGUUGAUGAAGUUGGAGCUGAUAAGGUUGGGAUAAGGCUCUCACCGUUUGCGAGCUAUUCAGAGGCAUCCGACUCAAACCCAGAAGCUCUAGGCCUAUACAUGGCACAUGCACUGAACAAAUUUGGAAUUCUCUAUUGCCACAUGGUGGAACCACGGAUGGUGAAUAUUGGUGAAAAGUUUGAAACUCCCCAUAGUCUUCGCCCCAUAAGGGAUGCUUUUAAGGGAACAUUUAUUGUAGCUGGGGGAUACGACAGGGAUGAUGGAAAUAAAGCAAUCGCCGAUGGCUAUGCUGACUUGGUAGCAUAUGGGCGCUUGUUUUUAUCCAAUCCUGACUUGCCUCGGAGGUUUGAAAUAGGUGCUCCUCUCAACAAGUACAUAAGAGAUACUUUCUACCUCUCCGAUCCAGUUAUUGGAUACACUGACUACCCAUUUCUGCCGUCCGAUGUCUAGAUGAGCCUUUCAGGAAUGAAUCCCUCCCAUCCCCAUCAGAUCGUCCACCUUAUGUAUCAGUACUAUGUUAAAGGAAUAAGGUCAUUGAUUUCAA